GGCGGCCGGGCGGCCCGAGCUCAGGCGGCUCCAGGCCCGGCCCGCGGUCAGGAGCCGGGAGCCGAGCGGGGACCCCGCGCCCGCAACCCAGUCCCGGCCCCGCCCGUGCUCUGCUUGGCCGCGGGGUGCGGGGAUCACGGCCGGGCCGGGCCACCCGAAGCCUGUGUUGGGCCGGGCCGGGCCGGGGUGGGUGGGGGCCCGCCCGGCCCGCCCAUGGGCUCAGGAUGCCGGUGCGGAGGGGCCAUGUCGCGCCGCAGAACACCUUCCUGGACACCAUCAUCCGCAAGUUUGAGGGCCAGAGCCGCAAGUUCAUCAUCGCCAACGCUCGGGUGGAGAACUGCGCCGUCAUCUACUGCAACGACGGCUUCUGCGAGCUGUGCGGCUACUCGCGGGCCGAGGUGAUGCAGCGGCCCUGCACCUGCGACUUCCUGCACGGGCCGCGCACGCAGCGCCGCGCGGCCGCGCAGAUCGCGCAGGCCCUGCUGGGCGCGGAGGAGCGCAAAGUGGAGAUCGCCUUCUACCGGAAGGAUGGGAGCUGCUUCCUGUGCCUGGUGGACGUGGUGCCCGUGAAGAAUGAAGAUGGCGCCGUCAUCAUGUUCAUCCUCAACUUCGAGGUGGUGAUGGAAAAGGACAUGGUGGGUUCCCCGGUCCGAGACACCAAUCACCGUGGCCCCCCCAGCAGCUGGCUGGCCCCAGGCCGAGCCAAGACCUUCCGCCUGAAGCUGCCUGCGCUGCUGGCCUUGACCGCUCGGGACUCCUCCGCGCGGCAGGGCGGGGCGGGCAGUACGGGCGCCCCAGGGGCUGUGGUGGUGGACGUGGACUUGACACCGGCGGCGGCGCCUAGCCGCGAGUCACUGGCCCUGGACGAGGUGCCGGCCAUGGACAACCACGUGGCGGGGCUGGGGCCGGCAGAGGAGCGGCGUGCGCUGGUGGGCUCCGGCUCCCCGCCGGCCGGUGCGCCCGAGCCGCACCCGUCUCCCCGGGCUCACAGCCUCAACCCCGACGCGUCGGGCUCCAGCUGCAGCCUGCCCCGGACGCGCUCCCGGGAGAGCUGCGCCAGCGUGCGCCGCGCCUCGUCGGCCGAUGACAUCGAAGCCAUGCGCGCAGGGCUGCCCCCGCCACCGCGCCACGCCAGCACCGGGGCCAUGCACCCCCUGCGCGGAGGCCUGCUUAACUCCACGUCUGAUUCCGACCUCGUGCGCUACCGCACCAUUAGCAAGAUUCCCCAAAUCACCCUCAACUUUGUGGACCUCAAGGGGGACCCUUUCCUGGCUUCGCCCACCAGUGACCGGGAGAUCAUAGCCCCCAAGAUAAAGGAGCGGACCCACAACGUCACCGAGAAGGUCACGCAGGUCCUGUCCCUGGGCGCUGACGUGCUGCCCGAGUACAAGCUGCAGGCGCCGCGGAUCCACCGCUGGACCAUCCUGCACUACAGCCCCUUCAAGGCCGUGUGGGACUGGCUCAUCCUGCUGCUGGUCAUCUACACGGCCGUCUUCACACCCUACUCGGCUGCCUUCCUGCUGAAGGAGACGGAGGAGGGCCCCCAGGCCCCCGACUGUGGCUAUGCCUGCCAGCCCCUGGCCGUGGUGGACUUCAUCGUGGACAUCAUGUUCAUCGUGGACAUCCUCAUCAACUUCCGCACCACCUACGUCAAUGCCAAUGAGGAGGUGGUCAGCCACCCUGGACGCAUCGCCGUCCACUACUUCAAGGGCUGGUUCCUCAUCGACAUGGUGGCCGCCAUCCCCUUUGACCUGCUUAUCUUUGGCUCCGGCUCUGAGGAGCUGAUCGGGCUGCUGAAGACGGCGCGGCUGCUGCGGCUGGUGCGCGUGGCGAGGAAGCUGGACCGCUACUCGGAGUACGGGGCGGCCGUGCUCUUCCUGCUGAUGUGCACCUUUGCGCUCAUCGCGCACUGGCUGGCCUGCAUCUGGUACGCCAUCGGCAACAUGGAGCAGCCCCACAUGGACUCCCGCAUCGGCUGGCUGCACAACUUGGGGGACCAGAUCGGCAAACCCUACAACAGCAGCGGCCUGGGUGGCCCGUCCAUCAAGGACAAGUACGUCACGGCCCUCUACUUCACCUUCAGCAGCCUCACCAGCGUGGGCUUCGGCAACGUGUCCCCCAACACCAACUCCGAGAAGAUCUUCUCUAUCUGUGUCAUGCUCAUUGGCUCCCUCAUGUACGCCAGCAUCUUUGGCAACGUGUCCGCCAUCAUCCAGAGGCUGUACUCGGGCACCGCCCGCUACCACACGCAGAUGCUCCGCGUGCGGGAGUUUAUCCGCUUCCACCAGAUCCCCAACCCCCUGCGCCAGCGGCUGGAGGAGUAUUUCCAGCACGCCUGGUCCUACACCAACGGCAUCGAUAUGAACGCGGUGCUGAAAGGCUUCCCCGAGUGCCUGCAGGCGGACAUCUGUCUGCAUCUGAACCGCUCGCUGCUCCAGCACUGCAAACCUUUCCGAGGGGCCACCAAGGGCUGCCUGAGGGCCCUGGCCAUGAAGUUCAAGACGACACACGCACCGCCAGGGGACACGCUGGUGCACGCCGGGGACCUGCUCACCGCGCUCUACUUCAUCUCCCGGGGCUCCAUUGAGAUCCUCCGGGGCGACGUCGUCGUGGCCAUCCUGGGGAAGAAUGACAUCUUUGGAGAGCCUUUAAACCUGUACGCUCGGCCUGGCAAGUCCAAUGGCGAUGUGCGGGCCCUCACCUACUGCGACCUGCACAAGAUCCACCGGGAUGACCUGCUGGAGGUGCUGGACAUGUACCCUGAGUUCUCUGACCACUUCUGGUCCAGCCUGGAGAUCACCUUCAACCUGCGGGACACCAACAUGAUCCCCGGGUCUCCUGGCAGCGGGGAGCUGGAGGGCGGCUUCAACAGACAGCGCAAGCGCAAGCUGUCCUUCCGCAGGCGCACGGACAAGGACCCGGAACAGCCAGGGGAGGUGUCCGCCUUGGGGCCGGGCCGGGCGGGGGCAGGGCCGAGUAGCCGGGUCCGGCCAGGGGGGCCGUGGGGGGAGAGCCCAUCCAGUGGCCCCUCCAGCCCUGAGAGCAGUGAGGAUGAGGGCCCAGGCCGCAGCUCCAGCCCCCUCCGCCUGGUGCCCUUCUCCAGCCCCAGGCCCCCCGGAGAGCCGCCGGGUGGGGAGCCCCUGACGGAGGACGGUGAGAAGAGCAGUGACACUUGUAACCCGCUGUCAGGGGCCUUCUCAGGAGUGUCCAACAUCUUCAGCUUCUGGGGGGACAGCCGGGGCCGCCAGUACCAGGAACUGCCUCGCUGCCCUGCCCCGACCCCCAGCCUCCUGAACAUCCCCCUCUCCAGCCCCUGUCGGAGGUCCCGGGGCGACGUGGAGAGCAGGCUGGAUGCCCUUCAGAGGCAGCUCCACAGGCUGGAGACCAGGCUGAGCGCAGACAUGGCCACUGUCCUGCAGCUGUUACAGAGACAGAUGACUCUGGUCCCACCUGCCUACAGUGCUGUGACCACCCCCGGGCCCGGUCCCGCCUCCGCCUCCUCCCUGCUGCCUGUGAGCCCCGUCCCUACCCUCACCCUGGACUCGCUUUCUCAGGUAAGUUCCAAGGCCCUCCCCCUGCCCAGGGCACCCCGGCCUCGCCUUCUGCCCCAGUUCCACCCCAGACCCGCUCUGCUGGCUCUGGCUCAGCCCUGGGCCGCGGCUUCCGCCCCCAUUUCUGCCCUCGUCCCCGAUGGCACUCUUGAAGGCAGGCUUCCUCGGGAGCCGUGGGCACAGGUCAAGGCAGGAGAGGCCCCCAAGCCGAAGCCCCCCAAAAGCGGGGCAGAGGAGACCAGCAGGCUGAGAGGAGUCACCUGAAUGACCAGAUCUACUCAAGGCGUCUGUGUCGUGGCCAUGAGGGGUCUCCCGAGGAGGGGGCUGGGUGGACCAGACGCCCUGUGAUGGGGCUGCGUGCCCACAGGGUCCGAGCUCCCUGCCGUGACGGGCGCUGCUCAGUUCUGGCUCCGUGGCCAACCAGUGGCUGUCACGUUGGCUGCCUCGCAGGGCUGUCUGGAGGGCUUUGGCUAAGCCCCAGGGUAGCACUUCUGGCCCGCAUCUCCUCUCUUCUGCCGGAGUGGGCCUCUGUUGCCCUUUGUCCUCUCCUGAGUGGACAUGUGUGUUCCCAGUCUUCUGACAAGACAGCUGUGCCUGGGCCCCAAGAAGGAGGCUCUUCUGGCUCCUAGAGGUCGCCUGGGAUCUGCUCCCCACUUCCUCUGGCAUCUGCUCCCCCUCCCAUAUGCUGCCUGCUCCUGUUUGCAGACACCAGGGCCCACGUCAGCAAACGUGCCAGUCUCCCUUCACGGCCUCCCCCGCGGAGAUCUCCCGGCACACUCAUCAGCAUCCGCAAACCCCUCCCGCCUGCCCUGGCACUCUCCCUGGCCUUCCGAGGCCUGGCCGCCAGCCUGCCUCUGUUUCUAGGUCCCCGAGUUCUUUCUAGAUGGGAGGAAGGAGCCUCAUUUCUUUUUGUCCCAACUCAGGGCCCCGUAUUCGGGGUUGGGUUUGGAGUCAUCUGCUGUGUUCCCCGGGGAAGGGAGUAGCUGCAGCCUGGAGUGCCCCCCUGGGUCACGGAUGGCUCCCUGGGCUCCCAGCUGCGCAGCUGGGCUCUUGGCCGCGGAGAAUGCAUUUCUCUGCGUGCAGCCUUGGCACCUCCGCUUCACGCUCCAGGUGCUGGCCCGUGUGCCUUGGCCCUUCUCCCUGCCCCCCCCCCUUCUGUCCUCCCGUCCUCUGUUCCUGAAUUCGCCUGGUCCUCUCUGCCUCAUCCGCCGUCUCCCUCCUCUGCUCAUGCUGUGUUCUCUGCAGGUUUCCCAGUUCAUGGCGUUCGAGGAGCUCCCCCCGGGGGCCCCAGAGCUCCCCCAAGACGGUCCCCCUCGACGCCUCUCCCUGCCGGGCCAGCUGGGGGCCCUCACCU